UUUUGAGUGCUCUGCUUCAAGAGCGUAGUAUUUAGCUUGACCUCACGCAAAACAGCUGUGCUUGACCAUGUUAAAAUAAUUAAAAUAAAUAACACAUGAUUAAAUUUUAUCGCUUUAUUACAUAAUCAGAGAGUGAUAUUUAUGCAUUUAUUGUUUGUUUACUUGUUCCUCGACUAGAGUGGUGACUACGAGUGCAUUUCGAACGCAGCACAAUGGGAGGAUCCAAAAGCAGUAUCAGUUUGACUGCUGCUCCUCGGCCAGUCGCACUGAUUAGCUUCUGGGAUAUUAGGACAACAGUCAAACAGAAAACACGGAGGAAUUUGGUUAGCUGAAGGCACGAUCUUUUGGGAGAGAUGGCGGCAAUCAGAAAGAAGCUGGUGAUAGUUGGAGACGGCGCGUGUGGGAAGACCUGCCUCCUCAUCGUCUUCAGCAAGGACCAGUUCCCAGAGGUCUACGUCCCCACCGUAUUUGAGAACUACAUCGCUGACAUUGAAGUUGAUGGCAAACAGGUGGAAUUGGCGCUGUGGGACACUGCCGGCCAGGAGGAUUAUGACCGACUGCGGCCUCUCUCCUACCCCGACACCGACGUUAUACUUAUGUGCUUUUCCAUAGACAGCCCUGACAGUUUAGAGAACAUUCCUGAGAAAUGGACCCCUGAAGUAAAGCACUUCUGUCCCAACGUCCCCAUCAUACUUGUGGGCAACAAGAAGGACCUCAGAAACGAUGAACACACACGCAGGGAGUUGGCCAAGAUGAAACAGGAGCCUGUCAAGUCUGAGGAGGGCAAAGACAUGGCACAACGCAUCGGUGCCUUUGGCUACCUGGAGUGCUCAGCCAAGACUAAGGACGGCGUGCGGGAAGUGUUUGAGAUGGCGACCAGAGCAGCGCUGCAGGUCCGCAAGCGCAAGAAGCGGGGCGGCUGCCAGUUACUGUGAGGAGUCUGUUUCUGCUGGCUGAUCAACAUCUUGGGGAGGAAUCUCCCAGACACGCAGGACAAACUUAGAGAAACCUUAAAUCCGUGGCUUCCAUAGACUGUACUUACUCCACAGAUGCAGGCUUAUAUGAGAGACUGCCACACCUGUUUAAAAUCAGUUAUAAUUAAAUGUUUUCUUUCCAACUUUCUGCUCCUGUCCUGCUGUUUCCUGUAACCAGCACACCAGUCGGCUUGUGUGGCAGAUUGAAUCCUUCUUUCUGUAUGAAUGUAUGUUUGUAUUUAAAUGUGCAUUAUUCUUUUUUUAAAAAAUGCCAUGCCUUCUGCUUGCACAUCAUGAUUCUGUUUACAGAGAAGGGUCAUGUGCUCUUCCUGUCCUGUCAUUGUUUCUCCUUCAGCAUUGUUUUUUUUUUUCUUUAGAUUUGCUUCCCUUUGCUUCUUCUAAAACCUCCAUGUACCACUUGGUUUCCUUCUAUACACCAGAUCCUGUGGCGGUUAUCUGCAUUGUACCACUAUUAGUUUUGUACUCUAAAACUUGUAUGCCACCAAGUGCUGUGUCUGCCGAGCUGUUUUUCACCGUUUCUGCAAGAGACUAAAUUUAGAACCUGUUCACACCUAAUUAAGCCCAGCAUGCAGUAGUACUCUGAAAGAGCAGACAGGAUUUGGAAGGAGAGGCUUCGGACGGCACACUGGCCCCUCCCAGUAAUGGCGACGGCUUAAACUGGCACUGCAGACAGUGCUGUACUUGUUGAGGACAAUACUAGCAGUUGCACUCCUCUGGCUCUGACAGACAUGACCAAUGCUUUCCCUCCACCAGGCCAGCCUCCUCUCUGAUCUCAGUUCUGUUUCAGAUCCAGUAUACAGUUGCCUCAUGACUGUGUGAAAAGAUUUUCUGAAGAUGAAUACGCUCUGUUUACAGCCUUUUUUUUUUUUUUUGUAUAAUAUACACUAACAUGCAGGUUUUUCUCUCUAAGUUAGAUUUUAAAUUCUUUCUCGCAUCAUAUGCACAUCUAGUCCUUAAACCGGUUUAUGCUACAGUUUGAGUGUUUUUCUAUCAGUCCACCUUAAAAUCCACGAGCCUCUUUUUGUUUCCUUUAUUGUCACCAUUGCAAACUGAUAGUCACCUGUUUUAUACAUUUAUAUUCAGAGAUUUGAAUUUAGACGGCCUAGAAAUAAUACCUGCACAUUUGGGCCGCGUGUUAAAUGUCUAAUGCAUAGCUUAAGAGAAAAUGUUGAUUGUAGAAAACGCUUUGCAAACAGGAGAGGAUUGUUUUGUCUGGAUGAGAUGAAUGUGUUAAUAAAAUAUUUUUGAAACUCA